CAUUUUUGUCCCCAGAAAACCAUAUGCGUUUCCAACAGCCAGCCUACCGGUUUUGCCCCCAAAAAGUAUCUAUAUAUACCUUAUUCCCAUUUUCUGCUGCUUCAUCAAACAAAUCUUACACACGUUUGACUAACAACACAACACAACACAACUCCCUUCGUUUUAAGCACUUUCAAGAGUAACAAUUUUCAAGAUACGAUGAGUUCGACAUCAAGAGCAUGGUUGGUGGCCGGUACCGUUGGACUGGUGGAGGCACUAAAAGAUCAAGGGUUUGCACGAUGGAACUACACCAUCAGAGCCAUCCACCAUCACGCCAAGUCUAAUCUCCGGUCGGUCACCCAAACAAAGAAGUUGUGCUCGCCGGCUCCCAUGGCUUCAAGCAAAGCCAUUGACCAAUCAGAAGAGUCGUUGAGAAAAGUCAUGUACUUGAGUUGUUGGGGUCCCAAUUAAUUGAUUAGUAGUUUUUAGGUUAUCUAUAUCGAUGUACAUCUUUUUAUUAAUCAAAUCCAAUUUUGAUUAUCAUCUAAAAGAUUUUGGGACGAUCUGAACAAAACAAUAUCGUCUUAUUAUUGA